CACUUACGGAAACUCAGUUUUCGAAAUAUUUCGGAAAUAAGGUUUCCGAAGCACUUUUUUACUCAAAAGUGUGGUUUUUUACUCAAAAGUGUGGUGUUAGAUGUAUUUUGAACUAAAAAUCACGAAUUAAUUUCGGAAUCUAAGAUUCCGAAAUAAUUCGGAAUUUGAAAAUCCAAAAAUUAGGGGUGUGAAAUCUAAUGGUUGGGGUGGCAAAUCUAGCUCUCACCCACCCACCACAAACACUCAAACCAAGCAACGAAUAGCACCUUGUCUUUCUCUAUCCAAUCUUCCCCAGAACACACACAAUUGAACAUUAGAAAAAUCUUCUAUUCUUCUCCAGGUUGGUUUGAUUGGGUUUGGCUAGGAUCAAAAUGGUUGAAUCUGUUGCUGCAGCUUCCAUUCUCAGUCACCGUCCUGUCUGUGAAGGAUAUUUGAUGAGGGGUUUAUCAAUUAAAAGCAAAUCUUCGACUAAAAUUCGGUUCCCGGCGAUAGAGUUUCUAGGUGGAAGAAGGAUCAGCGUUUUUUCUCUACCUUGCAAAAAACCCAAAGCUCAUAAUAGCUUCUUGUUGCUCUCAUCAAUUAAGGCCUCAGCAGUGGAACUCACAAGAGAGGUGUAUUCAUACAGGGAAGAUAAAUUGCAUAAAAAGAAGGAUAACAAUAAUAAUAGCAAUAUUGAUAAAGGAGAUGCACAUGAGGUGUUUGAUCCUAGGCCUUGGUUGUGGCCUCCAGUAAAUAAAGCAGAUAACCCAUCACUUCAUAACCCUUUGCUUAGACAACAAAGGAUGGGAUGUGGCUCGUUGGCUGCUAUAUUUGAACUUGAAGGGGUUCUCAUUGAAGAUAACCUUGAUCUUGAGAACCAAGCUUGGCUGGUUCUAUCUCAACAGGAAGGAAAAUCCCCGCCCCCUGCUUUCAUUCUUAAGAGAAUCGAGGGCAUGAAGAGCGAGCACGCUGUUUCCGAGGUGUUGUGCUGGUCCAGGGACCCUGCACAGGUAAGAAGAUUGGCUUACAGAAAGGAACAAAUCCACCAAGCUUUGCAGGGUGGGAUGUAUAGGCUUAGGCCUGGCUCCGAAGAGUUUACUAGUGUUUUGAUGCACUAUGGGAUACCCAUGGCAUUGGUUUCCUCGCGCCCGAGAAAAUCUGUUGAGUAUGCCAUGGGGGCAGUUGGUAUUGAAAACAAUUUCAGUGUGAUUGUAGCAGCGGAGGAUGUUUACAGGGGGAAGCCUGAUCCAGAAAUGUUCAUGUACGCGGCCCAGCUUCUGAACUAUAUUCCUGAGAGGUGCAUUGUGUUUGGAAACUCGAAUCUAACCGUGGAGGCUGCACAUGAUGCGCGGAUGAAGUGUGUGGCUGUUGCUAGCAAGCAUCUUGUUUAUGAGCUGGGGGCUGCAGACUUGGUUGUAAGGCGCCUGGAUGAGCUUUCAGUGGUUGAUUUGAAGAAUCUAGCAGACAUUGAAUCAGCUGAAUUUGGGGAGCAUGAGGUGGAGAUGGAGAAGGAAGAAUUCUCUUAACACUUCAUGUGUGGAGGAUAGUUUCUGAUAAAACCUAUAAAUGAGUCCUUCCAGAACCAGCAAACAAAGGAGAGAGUUGUUACUGCGAGGAAGUAAUAAUCCGGGAUGAUCAUAUAUGAUACACGAAACUAGCAACAAAUAUUGUUUAAAAAAAUGGAAUAGCGUGUUUCCUCCUUUAGCCCUCUUCUCUUUUUGAUGGAAUUCCCUGUGUCAUUCAAGAAUUUUGUCAAUGACAAAUUUAACAAUAUAAAAUUAAUUUAAAAAAUAAAGUAACAUUCAAU